AUGGCAAGGCCAUAUAUUAGUACCUCGGACAAGAAAUGGGUCAUUAUUAACGCUGCUAAACAAUACAUCACCAGGAAUCCUACGUCUGGAGGUUCAAAUACUCCCAUAUCCUACAGAGCGAAUGUAAAUCGACAAAAGACAAAGAAAUGGGCCGAGGCAAAGAAGAUAGAUUAUGGAGGCGACGACUGGGGAGAUGAUGAUGAAUAUGACCCUUAUGAUGCAUAUGGAAAUGAGCUCGAUCCAGCACCCGCACCAAUAUCAAAACCUACAGGUCUACGUCAACCAGGUCAAGGGCUUCCCAGUGCGAGAGGAAUGUCACAGGAUCGGAGUCAGAAGAGUUAUGGUAAUCUCCCCUCGGCGUCUGUUGGCAGCCCAUUGAACAGAAAGAAUUCUUUCGAAGCGGACGACGAGUCGAGGCACUUUUCGAACGCAACCAUUCGGCAAGAAUCACCACUACCUACGUCCCCGCCUCACUCGGCCGAUUCUUCCAUAGUUGCCGCAACUCGGUUUUCUCAAAUGGGCGUGGGAGGUAUAAAGCAUACACGCGACCCGAGUGGCCCCCCAACUUUACAUAUAUCUACACAGCAGCCAUCUCCGACAGGAUUACGAAAACCUUCCUUGUCUGCUAAUCCCGAGCCACCCGAAUCUUCGUUUAAUAACGAAACCAUUUCUCAGCCAGCUCGCACUAAUACUAAUGAUUCGUCGGUCCUGUCAGUCGGUUCAGUCAAUACACCAAGCGAUUAUGGAACUUCGAAGGAUUUUUCGCCGUCUGCAGUACCGGCCCCAUUAUCUAUGCGUCCUGCCCCUGCCCCUCAAAGCGCAACCACUGCAGCUCCAACUACCAAGUUUCCUGCACGAAAGAGCAGCCUGAGUACCAUGGGAGUAGAAGCUCAACGAAUUUACCAAAGAUCUCAUGAAACUCUAGGUCAACCAUUCCCAACAAGUUCCAGACCUUCACCUGCCCCUGGCUCUGCAGAUCGGUCUGCGACAAUCCCAGGUGCGUCAGAUAUUAAACAUUUACCAUUUAUCAGACCUGCGGAUAUUUAUCGCCGAGUUGAAGAGGAAAAACAAGAAAGGGAGCGGGCAUCAUUAGAUUCAGUCAGACCCAGUAUGGACUCACUUAGAAUGGAAGGGUCGAGUGACAUAUCACAUUCACCAGGCCAAGGGGCUGUCCGUGGAAGGUCGAGUUCUGAUAGUUUGGGACCUGGUAAUCGAGGAAGAUUCAGCUUCGGCGAUGAAGGUUCUGAUUCGGGAAGACGUCUGAUGCCAAUUCUAGAACCUGUUAAAGAACGAAAGAGUGAAUACGGCUUUGAUGGGUUUAAUGCUAAUGAAAUUCCAUCACCAGCCCAAGAGAUCACAAAUCCGCCAACCGAGCCUAAAAUCACAAGUCCCAUACUUCCGGACGUGCAUCGGAUUUCCGGAUUUGGUUCCGACUUCUUUUCCCGAUCAACAAAUGAUAGUGCCCCCGCCCCUCCAACCGAAACCAUAUCAGAACUGCCAGAGCAAACGUCAUCAGGAAAUUCUGACCCGCCAGGAGAUACCUCUCUUCGGAGCCAGCCCUCUUUCGGGUUCAAGUCUGUUGUCAACCAAGCUUUCGAUAGGAAGGAUGAUAAUUCGGUUCCUCCAACACCAGUUUCCAAUACUGAAGGUAAUGUAAAGAGAUCUGAUAGUGAAAGUACUGGGACCACUGAAAUUAGUCCCAUUAUGAGUCGUGGUCCAAGCACCACGGACAAUCGAGAUCGUGAAAUGUCAACUCCUGCUAUCAUGGAGCAAGUUGAACCUAUCUCUCCACGUCUUCAAAAUAUUUCAAAUGAAAGCGAUAAUCAGGUAGUUCCUCCAACUUUUAUUCCAGGUCAUCGACGCGAUAUCAGUACUCCGAGUCCAGGGAAUAGCCCCGCCCGAACACCAGAUCUCGGUAAUGCAUCCAAAAGAAUAUCAAUGGGAGAACAGGCCUGGAUCUCAUCUGCAAGUCCUACUUCUCCCGCCGAAGAUUGCCGCGAGGAUGCUGAUCUAGAACCGCCACAUCCAACCCUCGAUCGCGAUGUGAGUUUCCGCCCUCAAAUACCCGGUGGAUGGCAGUCGUAUACGACCACUGCAACCACUAGCACUGUUCAACCAGAGACACCUCGGUCACCGUCUCCUCGGGUACCGAGUGAUCCAGUUCAAGCUUUAGCAAUGGAAGAUUUGACACCUACUACCACUAAACAUUCUCUUCCGGAGUCAUCUUUAGAAGCAGCACGUGUUACGCUCGGUGUCAAAUCCGAUUCGAUGCCGACACCUGAUCCAAAUGGAAAUGUACAUUCUGCUAUGACGCCGCAUCCUGAAUUAAUACCUAGUCUAGAAACGGCUUCGCCCGAAGCGCAACUGCAACCUGACUUUGUCGAUCAACCCAACCCCCCAGAUUCUUCAUCUAUACCACCAAUCAAAGACAACCUGGUCUAUGGUGAAGAACCCGCAUCGGAAACUCUUUUAGAACCAACUACCGAUUUCCAGCCGGGUACAGCCGAUGAGUUUAAUGCGGAUGAACUACUUCUUCCACCUUUGCGACCACAGGUAUUGCCAACUCUGAGCACUGACACUGGACCUUUGGAUGAAGAAAAUGACAGACUCCGAAAAGACAUAGUCAAAAGUUUAUCCCCACGCCCAUCACAAUCAGAACAAGGCCACGAGAACUUGCGCGAAAGACCAAUCUCCGAUAACAUGGAAGAAUCGCGAGAAAGUACAUACUUAACGGAUGUGUAUGAUGAUUACUGGAAUGAUAUAGGUGACGAAGAUCACUCUUCCCCAAUAGCAACAUCAUCUCCCGACAAGCUGCAAGCAGAGCAAGCUUUUCCAGCAGACAUGCCAGAAAUCCGACCUCUUAGCUCUCACCGAAUGUCAAAGCAGCAAGCUCGUCCACCUUUACCUACACGUUUCUCUUGGGAAACUAGUAUGGAUACCGUAGCUCCAACUGAUACCAAUACGCCUGAAUCACCUACAAUUCAAGCUGAGCUUCCCGUUGAGAGAGCCGAUGCACCAAUUGAAGGCCUCCAGCAGAUGGACCCGGAACCAUACACGGAGAAGGAAGUCUUAGAGGAGGUUCCACAUAAUAAUGGUCACGUGGAGAGAAAUGCUGCCUUAGGUGCUGGCGCUGUGCUUCUUGGAGGCGGUGCUGCCGCUAUUAAUCAACACACGGUUAGCCCUGAAUCUCCGCCCACGGUUAACGUCUCUUUGGCCCAAGAAAAGGAGCAGCCACAAUUUGCAUCAUAUCCCAUCGUCUCAACUCCUGAACAUGAACACCCGGCUUUUGAAUCAACAUUGGAUCUAUCCACUGAUCCGCUUGGCUCUAAUCCACACUCUGCAUCGAGUAGUCCAAAUCCCUUUAUUGCACGUGAACCCUCACCUUCACGACGCGAAUCCGCCACUUCACCACGGACGUCUAGCAUGGGAAAGAUUUUAACGUUCAAAGAAAUUGUAGGGAUGAAAGAAGUUCAUGAAAGGGUACAUGCAUUCGACGAAACAAGGGAGCGCUUUGCAGCUAUGGACUCGGGUAUCCAUGAAUGGAUAUUUGCCUUGAAGGCUGAACAGCCAGAACAUGCUGAUGUAAAUGAAUGCUACGGAGGCUUUAGAACAACUGUACCGACUGGCUCAACCAGAAGAAAUACGAGAAGCGGAUCCGCGGUAUUGCAGUCGCCUUAUUAUCAACAAUAUUUGAAUGCUAGUGCACCAUCGCAAGCAUCAAUACCUGCAUCACGAACAGGACAAACUGGACCAUCUGGCAUUCAGCAAGGCUUCUCGCCAGCUCAUGCUAAAAUUACAACUCAACAGGUUCAAGCUAAGGGAAAAGAGUUCCUUCACACAGCUGGAAUAUUUGGUGGUAAGGCUGGAAAGGCUGGUUUCCAGGCAGGUAAAGGAUUGCUGGCAAAAGGCAAGAACAGGCUUCGUGCGGCCGGUAGUAGCGAUAAGACGAGUCCCCCUCCUAAGUCGAGAAACCCUGAUCGUUCAUCAUGGGGCUUAGCGCUCAAUCUAUCGAGAGCUACAGGCCGGACCGACCCCGUUCGGAAUGCAGAGCAGAACAUACUAUCCGAACCAACCAGACACUCACAAAUAUCAAAUUCAUCGGAUGUGCUUACUCCAAUUGGCAUGGUUGGCAUUCCUCCCACAAGCGACGAAGAGGUGCAAGCGGGACACGCGGAGGAGAUGAAUUUAGUGACACGUGAUACUGCAGGUGAGAUUUUAGCUCCCGAUAAAACGGAUGAGCAAUAUGUUCUAAAUCCUCCGGCCCCCAUAAGUAAGUAUGAACUGACAUGGGAUCCUUUCGACACAGCCCAAUUUGCUGAUUCAAAUUACUUCACCAAUGACAAGCAAACUAAUCAGCAUUUGAUAAAAGACGAUUGCGUAUCAAACAGUCUCUCAGUUCUGCCAAGGAGUGCGCGAUCAAUUAGUGAUGACGCGGCUUCUAAUAAUGCCCAAAGACAAAACCUUAAUAGAAGAAAUUCGGCUGCAGCUGCAUCGGUUAUCGGAGGGUACACAGUUCAAGGUCGUGCGGAGUUGGAAUCAUCAACCCGCGUUCCGAUCAGCAUGAUUAAUCGACCGCGAGGAGCAAGUCUGGAUCAGGCCACUACAUCUGAUCAUUUCAGUCGACCGACUAUUGGUUCUGUACAAACACCGCUUUCUACACAACCGACAAAUCAGACUAUAGCUGCUCCUGAGGAGCAAGGAAGGCAGCCUUCAUCCAAGACAUUGCCGCCUAUCCGACGCACAUCCAAGUUUGGAUUCGAAUUUGGGUCCAGAAGACCCCAAACCAGAUUUCCCAUAUCUGAUGAUGAAGAUGAGUUUGAGAUUGAGUCUAAUGGUGGUACACAAAAUGCAGUAACAUCGAAUGCGGCGGAGGUUAAAGAGAAUCUUGUCCCACAGCAAAAUUCGCAUGCAGAUGUUGCAACUGCGGACAUAGUUCGAGACUCAAAAGCCAAUCUUCCAAUCAGCCCACAGCCUCGUUUCUCGGUUUUCCCUCGUGUCGCAGAUCCAUUUGUUCAAAGAAGCCCUACCCAAGACAUGGGGCGAUCAAACCCAGCCAUCAGACACAAUCGUCAAGACUCACGGAACAGCGUCUCAAAAAUUUCUCGAUCUAGGCGAGGUUCGACUUCUGAUAAACAGUUUGUCCAGCCUCGUGAUAGUAAUGCUCCGCCACUGAUACCGGCUUUACCAUUCGAGACACCUCCUUCUUCCACUCAACGCUAUCCCGAGCUAUUUGGGGGGCCGGUUACUGAAAUCAGAAGUGAUCCUGAUAUGCCUGGCGGAUAUCAUCAAGCCCCUCCUAGUCGGACUGAACCUUUUCCUUCAUAUCACCGAGCAGAUGAGCUCCCUGGAGCUCGGCCCAUUGAAAGCUCUAAUGAGCCUACUGCUCAUCGGCGACGACGUAGCUCAGACCUUGUCACUAGAGGCAUAAAUCUGGUACGCUCUUUGUCUAGAGAGCGAAGAAGUUCUGUUUCAAAGGAUGAGAAAAAAUAUCCUAGUAACACUUCUGCUUCAUCUCCGAUGCGUGACGACAGGCAAAAAAUGAGGGGGUCUGGCUUCUGGGGCACAUUUGAUAUCACCGGUGAACAAUCAUCCAAUUCUGGAAGAGAGAGUAUGGUAGCACAAUAUUCUGGUAGCCAGUCAAACUUUAUGAGUAGCCAGCACGAUAGUCCUCAAACACCAAAAUCUUUCUUCAAUCCUAAUUCUACAUUGGAAACAUCGCAUUCUAAUAUGUUUGGACGUUCUACAACUACAAUGGGGAAAACCCUUCAGAAAGAUGAAAAGCGAAGUCGAUUAAGUGGUUUGAGUGGCCUCUUCACACGUUCCCCCAAAGGAGAUGGGUCAGUUCUCUUUAAGCCAAAAAGGGCCACAACAGAUCUUUCAAGCUUUGGUCCCCGAACUGGCACCCUUUCUUCGCCUCAGUUCGAAGCCCAUUCUACACAAAGCACAAAUAUGGGCCAUAAACGAAGACCAAGUCAACCGUUGAACUUUCUUUCGAAAUUGGGCCCCUCCACCUCUCUUCAAAAGACUGAAACCCCAUCAAGACAGGAUAGUAAGCUGCAUCUGGAACCCCGCCCGAGGCGCCCUUCAGUGAGUGGACUAUUGACCGGUAUGCUUAGAAAAAGAUCGAAUACGCUAGAGAAAGAUAGUGAAAGAAAUGAAGAUGAUGGAAGAAAGCCUGUGGUUGUACCAGUGGCUAGAAUGUACUCGGAUCUAGGCGCGGAAUCACAUGAGGUCUUACCCGACGCAAUUGCCACACCCGCGCAAAGAUUAAGGAAAAAAGAACAAGAACAAGAACAGACUCGCAGUUCUAGCAGGUCGGAUGGUAACAAACAGGAUUACUCACAUCCUCGUUCGCAUCAUCAUCCUCGUUGGUACGACACCCCACCACGACUCCCUGAGCCCCAAUAUGAUUCAGUCCCCAUUCCAGAUGGAUAUAAUCUUGUUCGUGGUGAUGGAACGACUUCAACACCUACCAACUAUGACCCACGCGGUAUUAAUAAACUUAAUCGUCCGUCUCUGGGGGAAGAUCUUCCCAAUUCAUCCCAACAGUACUCAGUACCAUCACCUGUCUCACCUCUUGCUUGUUCUGCUUCCUCCGUUUCGCACCAAUCACCACCACUUCAUCAAACCUUCUCACCCGAAAGAAGACUUAUAAACUUACCAUCUAUAGAUACACAUCGUUCACCAUUGAUAUCUUAUAUUCGUACCGAUCUCCCAAGCGACGAGGACAUCCUAGCUCGAUCUCCCGCUCGCGAGCAGCCUGGUCAGCAACGUCCUUUUCAGCUUGCUUUACCAUAUAGCAGUGAUGCGCAUGAUCAAUACUAUCGCUCAUCUACGCCACCUGUUCAUCCUUCUAAGGACGAACAUCUAGCAUCGAGAAGUCCAACUUCAGUUCCAUUGCCCAUGGGUGAAUUCUCACCGUCAUACGAAAAUAUUGACAUCGAUCGUUUUCCAUUGCCACCCUCGCCAUCUCAGCAAAACCCAGACUGGCAUCGAAAUAGAAAUCUCUCGGUGGCUACGGAUGAUGAUUUACGGCGUUCUAGCACGGGAAGAAGUCUUGUUAGUGCUGUGUCACAAAUGUCUGACUCCCCAUCCCCACAACCACACAGGGUGAGUGUGAUGGAUGAUAAAUUGUAUGUGGAUUGCGAUGACGACAUGAAGCGUCAUGGUGAUAGAUUUUCGAAUCCGGUUUCAAGAUUACCAAGCGAGGAUGCCGAUUUGGGAGACGGGUACUCGGAGAGGAAGGGAGAAAAUGAAGUUGCAAUGAGAGGUGGUGAAGGGGUGGCAGAUAUUAAAGAACGCGAGAUUAGCGAGUAUGUUCACCAUAAUGAUGUCGUUAAUAAAAUAACACAUGCAAAAGAGGAUAAAUUGCAAAUGUCGGCAACGAGUUAUCCGGGUAUGGAGUGGAAUCCUUAUGUUGAUGAAUAAUGGGAAGGGAGGAGGGGUUAAUGAAUAUAUUUUACAAAAGAUGAAGAAUGACCUCGAGUAGUACAUUCUGGGCUGGCAGGGAUGAGGAAGGAAAUAUAUGUAUAAUGAAUACGAGAAUUAUGUAAUAAUGUGGGAGUUUGGGGUGUAGAAGAGAAGAGGGAGGGUAUUGGAGAUUUUGAUAUUAGUAGAGGAGGAGGAUUUGAUAUGGAAUGAGUUGAAAUGAUGUAAUAUGAUAUGAUAUGAUAUGAUAUGAUUAAUAA